UCCAGGCGCUUUCCUCUUUUUCCUCUAUUAAAAAACGUUUUCAUGUCUCCACCAUUUCUUCCAAACUCUAUUUUCUUUUCGUCUCUCUACGUUUCAAUUUGCAAGCAAUCGGAUCUUGAUAUUCAUGUUAUCGUUAUCUACAAGUUUACACAAAUCUAUUGUAUCAAUUCCUUUUCCUCACUAGGUUUUGCAGCGAUUCUUCUAUUUUUCUUAUUGAAUCUCUCUGUGUAACUGUAAAGAAACCCCAUUUCUCUGAUCCCUUUGUUCUGUAAGUUUGAAACAAACGCACCAUUAGUAUCAUUUUCUCUCUCUAGCCUUUCCAGUUUUUCCAGGUUGUCUUUUGCUUUUCUCCUCCGAUUCCUCUGCAGAUAUAUAUAGAACCUCAUUUGUUUUACGUUCUUCUUUCGGAAUUGUUCAUUUACUGUAAAUUUGAAAUAAGCUCGUCAAUUUUCUACCAUUGGUCUCUCUAAAUUAUCAAGAUUUUCAUUUGCUUUUGUUUUCUGAAGUCUCUGUAUCUCUGGUUUUUGAGGAGAACAGGGCACUGUAUAUACAUUUAUAGAUAGAGAGUGUAUAGGGAUUAUUAAUUUGGAUUUGGGUUUCUUCUUCUCGUGAUAUGAAUACGAGCAGUUCGAUGGGUUUAUUGACUGCGAAACCCUGUUGUAGGAUGUUGAUUAGGUGUAAUUCUGUUCUAACGGGAUUCUCAUCAAAAGCUGUUCCCAAAUCGAUUGGAAACUGCAAAUUUCACAGUAAAACGAUGUCAUAUUCACCUGAAAAGAGGAUAUUUGGUGGCCAUCACUGGUUCUUCCCUUCAAGUCGAAGGCCAUAUCAUUUAACUGAAGGUCUCUCUCAGGGAGCUAAGGUUUCUUUCUAUCACUCCAAUUUUUCUCCAAAAAGGCGCUUUUUCAUAUCAGAAAUUCGAUGUAACUCCACCACUGCUGAGCAGCAUACAGGCAAUCAGGGUUUCGAAAGCAUCUAUGUUCAGGGAAUUGGUGUUAAGCCCCUGGUUAUUGAGAAAAUCGAGGAACAAAACCCUGGAGUUAGUGGUAAAUCAGAUAGUUGUGUUCAAGAGUCUGAUGAUUUGAGGGAUUCUGAAGAAAUUAGGUCUUUCAAUAGUUCCGAAAGUAGUGAAGAAACAGGAGCUUCUGGUGAUCAUGUAAGAUUCGAAGAGAUUAGGGCACCUGAAGUUUCAGGAGGCGUUGAAGAAAAUAGGGUUUCUAUAGAGAGGGAGGAGUCAGCGAUUGAGAAGGAGGCUUGGAGGUUGUUGAAUGCUGCGGUUGUGAAUUAUUGUGGGAGUCCUAUUGGAUCAGUGGCAGCUAAUAAUCCAGCUGAUAAUUCACCACUGAAUUAUGAUCAAGUCUUUAUUAGGGAUUUUGUGCCUUCAGCUUUGGCAUAUUUGCUCAAAGGGGAUAGGGAGAUUGUUAGGAAUUUUCUUCUCCACACAUUGCAGUUGCAGAGCUGGGAGAAAACUGUGGACUGUUAUAGCCCAGGGCAGGGGUUGAUGCCGGCAAGUUUCAAAGUGAGAACUGUCCCUCUUGAUGGGAGCCAUGAAGCAUUUGAAGAGAUAUUAGAUCCAGAUUUCGGCGAGUCUGCCAUUGGUCGUGUUGCGCCUGUUGAUUCUGGCCUUUGGUGGAUCAUCUUGUUGAGGGCUUAUGGAAAGUUAACCGGUGACUAUGCACUGCAAGAAAGGGUAGAUGUUCAAACAGGUAUCAAGUUGAUCUUGAAUUUAUGCCUGGCAGAUGGAUUUGACAUGUUCCCAACUCUGCUAGUGACAGAUGGUUCAUGCAUGAUAGAUCGGAGGAUGGGUAUCCAUGGACAUCCUCUUGAGAUUCAAGCUCUGUUCUACUCUGCCCUUCGAUGUGCACGAGAAAUGAUCACAAUCAAUGAUGGGACAAAAAACCUGAUGCGAGCUGUAAAUAACAGGCUUAGCGCAUUGUCAUUCCACAUUAGAGAGUACUAUUGGGUGGAUAUGAAGAAGAUAAAUGAGAUAUAUCGCUACAAGACAGAAGAGUAUUCACAUGAUGCUGUUAACAAGUUCAAUAUUUAUCCUGAGCAAAUUCCCUCUUGGCUUGUGGAGUGGAUUCCUGAUAAAGGGGGUUAUCUGAUUGGCAAUUUGCAACCUGCUCACAUGGACUUCAGGUUCUUUUCACUUGGCAACCUGUGGGCAAUAGUCUCCUCCUUGACUACUCCAGAGCAGGCCGAAUCUAUUCUUAACCUUAUUGAGAGCAAAUGGGAUGACCUUGUGGGGAAGAUGCCCUUGAAGAUAUGCUUUCCAGCUCUUGAAUAUGAGGAAUGGCGUAUAAUCACUGGCAGUGACCCGAAGAACACCCCUUGGUCAUACCAUAAUGCAGGAUCGUGGCCCACUCUAUUGUGGCAGUUCACUGCGGCUUGUAUCAAGAUGGGUAGACCUGAUAUGGCUAAAAGAGCACUUGCAGUGGCUGAGAAGAGGCUUUCUAAAGACCUGUGGCCUGAGUACUAUGACACUCGGUCGGCUAGGUUUAUUGGGAAGCAGGCUCGAUUGUAUCAGACGUGGACCAUAGCUGGAUUCCUUACUGCUAAGAUGCUUCUUGAUAAUCCUGAAUUGGCAUGCAUGUUGACAUGUGAGGAGGACCUCGAGCUUUUAGAAGGUUGCUCAUGCCCCUUGAGUGCAAGCCCAAGGACAAAGUGCUCAAGAAAUGCUGCCAGAUCACAGGUUCUUGUAUAGUGAACCAAGCUUACUUACGUAUGUUGACAUUUCACAGUGAAAAAAUAGAAACAUUGAAAGUUGUAGUUGCAUGUUUAAAUAAUGCAUGUGAAGGGUUUCUUUGGUGCAAGCGAGAGACCCAUUAUAUUAAUAAGUUGAUGGGGGAUUUGUAUGUGGGGGUGGUCUGCAUGCACCUGGCGACUGACAAGAUUCUUUUGGUCAUUUCCUCAACACUGAUUUCAUUUGUAAGUUAGGAGUUCAUUGACUAUAUCCUGACAUAAUGCGAAGGAUAGAAAUUGCAAAUGGAAAGACAUCUUUAGAAAUGAUGUAUGCCACUGUAGAACUGAUUCAUAACAAUAUGUAUAUUCAGUUGCCUUCUUGUAUUUUAAUUGUUGUCAAUGGCAUGUUAGCAGUUGUUUUCCCCAUA